GUUGGACUGAUGGGUGGGAUGGAUUCCUUUUUUAUUCCUCACAGUAGCUUCUACACGAUGGAUAUAGGAAUUGAUGGUGAAGUGUCCCUCCCUGUACCUGGUCCCACCCUACCUUGGUCCUCCGCGGGCUCAAUAGGCGUGGCAUUUCAGGGCAAACCCACGCUAGUGGGCGGGUUUAGUUUAGCAGGAUACAAGCAUGGAAUUACAAACUUGGAAAAGGAUUCUUGGUUUACUUGGAGUUCAGACAUUUCAAGCUCAAGAGUUUCUGGAUUAGCUGUAGCAUUACCAGACGAUAUAUUCAUGUACUGUUAGUUGUACUUAUACAAGACGUUAAUUCUGUACUGCUUGAUGUACUUGUACUAGACGAUAUAUGUCUGUACUGAUGGCUGUACUAAGUACUUGUACCAGAGUAAAUUUCCCUGUACUUCGUGAUGGUGAAUAACUUGGUUCGUUUUUCAUAAACUUUUAAGGUUUUUGGUUUUAAGAGAUACCGCACAAAUACUGUGAAAUUGUUAAGAUUCAAACAUUUAAAAAGUGUAUUUUGAAAAAACAGAACAAUUGAUCAAUUUUUAUCCUCAGAAAAAUUAUAAGAAAAAAACGAACUUUUGGUUCGUUUCCAUGCAUUUAUCUUCUCUCAGCGCCAAAAUUUGUCAUAAUGGAAAGCAAAUGUUUAGAAUGAACAAUUUUGAAAUGGGAAAAACUAAACAAAUACUAAUAAAAACGAAGCAAGCUAUUGCCCAUUCAGUAGUACAGGCUGUACUCUUAGCUGCACUUGUACAUAGACAUUAAACAGGCAUUAACUGAAGAAAAAAAACCAUUAACGAUCGGUUAAUUUUUGUGAAUAGAAAUUCUUCUGUUAAUGGAAAUAUCUGUUGUCAGAUUCUAAAUACAAUAAAUGGCUGUAGACGUAAUUUCAAUUUACUCUUCAUACGUAGAGUGACAUGUCCGAUUCACAAAGGUAUUUUUAAAAGCUUUGUCGGAUCAAAAAUAAACAGAUCUCCUUAUUUUUCUCCUUAAAUAUUGAUUGUUUUUAAUUGUGGCCUCUCUAUCAAAAAAGGUUCUCUGAUUUUCGCUGCAGACACAAUGGAGUAAAUUGUUAAAAAUAAACAGUUUUUAAACAAGAAAACGAGGAUAUUUUUCACAUUAUUGAUCAGAUAAAAGUCUUGAGGAUACCGUUGUGAAUCGUGCAUGACACUAUGUAGAUGGAGGGGUAACAUUACCUCUUCAAGGGACUGUGGAGUCAAGAAGUCAAUUUAAGGGGCUCUCCAUUCAACAUUAAAAGAGUGCCAUGUUGAAAUCACAACAAUAUCUUUUAAACCGUUGUCUUAGCAAAAACGAUGGGAAAAUUGAUAUAUGAUUGCAGAGGCCGAAUUUAAAGAAUUUGAGCCGGGGCUUAAAUUCGGUUGGGCCCACUUAAAAAUAUUCAAUUUAAGCCGGCGUUUAAUUGAAACCGGUUUUGGGGGAUUUGAGACGCGGCGGAAAUUCAUUAAAUUCGGACACAGUUCUAAAGAAAUUGACUUGCGGAUUUACUCUACUGGAGAGAAAGAAAUAUAUUGUUUGAAUUCAACACUUUACCUAAUAGAAAAACGACAAUAUCUUACUAAUUGAUGAUCAGAUAAAGGUUUAAAGGGCACCGUUUGGACGUGUUAUUCUAUAAAAAAGGGUAACUUGAAAUUCCGCCUAUAAUAUUAAUAGUCCCUUUACUUUAAACAUGUGAUUACUGAAAACUGAUUAUUAUGAAAUAAAUCAUGUAUCCUUGUA